CCGCCCCCACCCCCACCUCCACUUCCAUUGCAGCUGCCUCCACAAACCUGGUGGCCCAGCCCGGCAGCUGCCACCCGCAGGGGAUCUGGGGCGUAGCCCGCCCACCUCUCAGGGAGAACACCAUGCUUGCCGUGGCCUGCAGGGAUUGGUCAGGACUUUUUCCCAGCCGGGGUGGCCACCUGUGGCUGUCUUUCAGCAGUCCUGCUCGAGUCUCAGAGUGAGAGGAGCGAUUCGGCCCCAAGGGGAGCACACAGGACCGGAACACACCAUCCCCAGGAAAGGGUCUCCGUGAGAAGUGUGUGAUGUCCCUCUGAGCCAAUUCCUGCUGUUUGAGGAGCCUGGUCUCAAUAUGGCAACAGGGGACCUUGAAGUGCUGGACAGGGGUCUGGGCUGCCCCGAGACCAUUGAGGAGCUGACCAUGUCAGUGGAGAGAUCCAGGAAACAAUCACAGGAGGAGAAAGCCAAAGGUGAUGAGCAGGAGGUGAGCAGCCAAGCGCAGGGGCCGAUGGAGGAGGAGCAGGCCCUGGAUGGGGAAGGCUCCCGGGGGGCCAGGCCCUCGAAGGCCAAGGCAGAGAAGGAGAGAGGGAAGACCGCUGCAGCUCCCAAGAGCGCCCCGACCAGGAAGAAAAGCAAGGCCCCGUCCCAGCCCCAGCUGAAGCUGCCGCGGGCCCUGGGGCCCGGGAGCGACGAGCUGCCUUGGGGAGAGAUCACCCUCAACAAGUGCCUGGCGCUGGCCUCCGUCGUGGCCGUCCUGAGUGUGGCCUUCCAGGUGUUCCAGGAUGUCAUUGAUGGGGAGGACGAGGGCCCCGAGGCUGCCCCUGCCCUGUGGGCCUGGCCGGGAGGCAGUGCCCCAAGGGACAGCCAGCCCAAACUGCCCAAGCCCAAAGACUGGGCCAAAGCCUCGGCGCCAGCCCCCCCACCGGGGCCCAAGUCCCCUGUGAAGGACACACCCGAGGCCGCCCCCAAAGAGCAGGAAGCAGAGGCCAAGGGGAGCCCGGCCCCGGCCCCCGAAGCAGCCGUCCCGCCUGAGGAGUCCCCACCGAACUCCCAGCCAGCCCAGUCUGAGAAGCCGGCCGGGGCUGCGAUGCCCAGGAAGGAGGAGAAGGCCAGAAGCCGGAAGGGCCUCCGGGAGGACAGGGCCGAGCCCCCGUGGAGGGAAAGGAAGGAGGGCAGCCACGGGCCCAGGCCGCGCCGAGAAGAGCCCGAGGAGGCUCCCCGCCGGCCCUGGGAGCGGGAGCACAGGCACUCUGGCCGGCGGGAGGACCCCAAGAAGGCCCGGGAUGGACCCAGGAGCAAGAGGGAGGAGCAGCGGGGGCGCCAGAAGCACGAGGACAGGGAGAGGUUCUUCCCCAAACAGAAGCUUCGAGAAGGGAAGCGCAGGGACUGAGAAGGCCCAGGGGCCCAGCCCCACCUCAGGGGGCCCAGCCCUGCUCCCUGUGAUUCCUGCUGCCCUCCCAGUCCACAUCCUGGCUUGGCCAUUUACUCUCUGGGUGACUUAGUCUCUCUGAACCUCAGUUUCCCGUUUUGGAAAAUGAGAUCUCAUACCAGUGGGGUGACUGUGACCCCUGGGGGCUGACCUGGGGGGUGGAUUGGGUGUGCAGCCUCGCCAGUGGGGUCCUAGAGCGCCCAUCCCCCUUCAUGGCCCCAGGCUGGCCAGGAAGGUAAGAGAUGAGCCCUGAACCACCCUCCCCACCCCUCCCCCAUUCUCCUGAGAUUGCUCCGUGUUAGUAAAUAUUUAAAAAUAAAGCCCCUCCUUGGACUGAG